AUGCAUUUCUCGAAAACUUACUCACAGAUCCUACUCAGCUUGCCCGACGACCUGCGUCAAAACUCUAUACAAUAUCGACAGCUGAAGAAGUUGAUCAACCAAGUUGUACUUGAGCUCUCCUCCCAUGGAUUGAGCCCGAAUAUAUUGCAGGAGCUCAUCAUCGACUCCAAGGGUGCUGGGGCCCAUCAUACGACCGACAUCGAGGCAGAUGACCUGCUCGGCGCUCUGUCGAAAGUGGUAUAUGAGAUAGAAGGCGAACCUGAUCACAUAGUGCCCCGCCUUAGGCUCUUGAUUGAACUGCCGGAAUCGGGCUCGACUUCGCCGUCGGAACUUCGCGAGCACCUCGCAGUGCAUCUUGGAGCAACUCUUUCCGAAGUUCAGAUGCAGCCGCUCACUUCAGAUGGAGCAUCAAUUACGGAAGAUGGGGUGGGCGGGGAUGGAGAUGUAGUGGAUGGAUUACAUACGACGAAGAAGGACAGCUACCCCUCUCCCCGCCAUUAUGAGCUGGUGAUACCCCUGGUUGCAGAUGGAGCCUUCUUCGAGCUUCUCUCGGACGCCUUGAGAGCUCUUAGUGAAUACCUCACAGGAGUGCGAUCCGACUUCUCUGUGACGUUACGAAACCUUGCUGCGACCAUAUCUUCUUCUGCCCGUCCAAUGUCGGCAACAUCCUCAUUCCGGCCGUAUUCUGUCGUUUCAUCCGAUCCGUCCGCCUCAUUAAGCCCGCCCAACUUAUUUCGCCAUGCAAAGACUGAUUUAUACACUUGGAGGUGUAUAUUUCAACUGUACAUGGAAAGUGAAGUGUUCGAGAGCACGAAGGAGACCUCGAGAGGCCAACACACUGUCGAAGAAACCGAACGACGCCUCGAGUUAUUUACUACCCAAUUACGCCAGCGUGGCCUUACCGACCGUGCUCAAUUAAAGUCUAAGGAGAGCCGGGAUGCCCUCAUGUCGUUUUUGCGUAUGAACCACUUCAUUCUAAACAUCAAGAAGUUCCAACUCGCCAACGCCGAAGCCACACGCAAGAUAUUGAAGAAACACACCAAGCGAACGUGUUUACCCCUUCCCCCCCUGUCCGACUCAAGUCUUCCCAGCGCAGGGCCUGUAGAGCGCACUCCCGUUCCACUGUCGUUGUCGCUGCGACCACAGGACACGAUACUGGCGCAGAUACUAGUCCAGGCUAUCAACGAAACGCUUCUGCCCGUUAUCCCUCAUAUAGACGACUAUUCGUGCUUGAUAUGCACUAGCAUCGCAUUCAAACCCAUCAGGUUGUCGUGUGGGCACCUAUUCUGUGUCCGAUGUCUAGUCAAAAUGCAAAAGCGAGGCAAUGGAGAUUGUCCGAUGUGCAGGGCCCCAAGUGUCCUGGUCGCCGAUAGAUCAAACGUGGAUUGGGCCAUGCUGAACUUCAUGCAAGAUUGGUUUCCGAAGGAAACGAAAGAAAAGAUCAAACAGAAUGAAACGGAGGUGGUUGAAGAACAGUUAGCAGAGCUUGGGCUAGAUUCUCAUCAAGGUUGCAAUAUAAUGUAA